AUGGUAGUUUACUCCUUUUACAUCUUUGACCGACACUCCGACUGCAUCUACGCCAAAUCGUGGCUCCCCUCGCCGCAGCCCCUGUCUCGCGGCGAUGCCACCCGCUCCGACGACACCAAGCUGAUCUUCGGGACCGUGUUUUCCCUGCGCAACAUGGUCCGCAAGCUGGGCGGAGACGACGACGCCUUCAUAAGCUACCGGACCGGCCAGUACAAGCUGCAUUACUACGAAACACCCGCCAACCUGCGCUUCGUGCUGCUCACAGACACCCAGUCGCCCAGCAUGAGGAACGCGCUGCACCAGAUAUACAUCAAUCUCUGGGUCGAAUACGUUGUCAAGAAUCCCCUUGCUCCAGUGGAGCACAAGGGCGGGGAAGGUGUUAGGAAUGAAUUGUUCGAGCUCGGGUUGGAUCAGUUCAUUCGCGGGCUCAUGUGA